GCAGGAAGUGAAUGGCCCUAAUUAUUAACGUGUAUAACUGGAUGUAAACAAACAAGCUCUGUGAGCUCUUGAACGUGAUUUACCACAAGCUCCAAGAAAUAGCACAAAGCAAUGGAGCCAAAAACGUUUCUGCCAUUAACUGUCGUGAUCAUUGGUCUAUUUACCCCAGCAGCAUACGCACAGGGGACUAUCAUUGACCUUGAGGAAUGUCAGUCACUGGGACUCCACUGUGGCAGAGAAGAAGCUGGAACCUCACAGCAGUACUGCUGUAUCGAGAUCAAUGGCCAUUUUCCAAUUCACAGCUGUUGUAACCCGUACAUUGGACUAGCUAUUGGACUCUCAGUAGCAAUCCCACUCCUUGUUGCCAUCAUAAUAGGCCUGAUCGUCGCCUACUGUUGGUGCUCUCGCUACCAGAAUCGGAAGAUGGACCGUCUCAUGAUUGCCUAUCGCCAAGCCCAGCUAGAAGAUGAGCAAGAGGAGGAUGGCAGCGAUGAACCAGUCAACUCUGCUGCUCCCCCUGUCUACACACCAGUUGCUAGCUCUGAGCGGGACAAUUCUGAAGCUGGGCUACCUGUGUAUACCAAGUCUGAUCCCUUUGCCCCCCAAAGCACUGAUACUGCUGCUGUGAUAGAGCCUACGGUUGAGCAGCAAAGCACUGAGACGCAACUCGACGAUGUUCCUUUGUUGCCGGAUGAAAACGAUACUGAAACAGUAUAAAAAUGUGUGAUGGGUAACGUACCAAAACAUUGACUUUUUAAUGGUUGCUUAGCUUUUCGUCCAUUUUAAACCAGUUUUGUAUUUCUUGCUGUUUUUGGUUUUAAUUUCAUCUCAUCUUUGAAAUUAAUUUUGUGUGUGAAACGAUAUACAUAAUAUUGAUUACAUGUACAUG